UCACAAUGCUCUCUCUCACUGAAAUAAGCUUAUAAGCUUAAAAGUCUGCAAAUCUUUAAUUUGGCGAGGGAUAAUCGAAAAUUUAAGCUCACAGAUGCCUAGAAAAUUAAAUUUUAAGUAGAUUAUAUUAAAAUUUCAUAAAAAUAAUGAUAAUUAACGGUAUUUAUUAAAGUUUUAGAUUUCAUCAAAUUUUCAGACUAUACUAUAGUCUUGCAAUUUUCAAAGAAUUUUUCCUGCAAAAAACAAGUACAAAGCAUUGAUCAAAUUAACACUAUCAAGUUGACAGUGUCAACGUUUAAUCCCCCAGCAGUAUUUCCCUUAAAUUGAUCACUGCACUUUUCGUUAUCACCACGAGCAUCAUAAAUUUUUUUACUUAUUUAAAAUUCCGGUUUCUGAUGCACCAUGGUCAACUCGCCGGUUCCUGUCCGAUUUCUGAUUUUAAUAUGUGCCACACUGUGUUUGACCUCGAUUCUUUCAAAUAUGAAUACUUAUAAUUUUACAAAAAUUUGUAUGCAAGAUGAUAAUAGUACUUCAACUUCAAAAGUGAACUAUACCAAAUCAGAGUCGAAUUUUCUUCAAUCGUGUGUGGCUAUUGGAAGUCUUGCCGCCUCGAUUCCAUUUUCCAUUUCUUUUCAACAUUUGCCGCAUAAACCUGUCUUCAUUGUCGCCGGAAUUAUUUCGGGAGUUUCAACAGCCCUUAUCCCGUUGGCAAGUACCAUUGGCUACGGAUGGUUUGUGGCCGCCCGUAUUUGUCAAGGAAUGGCAUUUUCAGCCACAUUUCCCCUCGCUGGCUCAAUUACAGCAAAUUGGGCGACCCCAUACGAGCACGGAGUAUUCAUUGGCCUAUUAACCGGAAAUACACAACUUUCAAAUAUAUUUACAAUGCCAGUUUCGGGAUGGUUAUGCUCUUCGUCUGGUGGAUGGACGUCGGUUUACUAUGUGCACGCCGGUGUAUCGUUGGUCACUUUUUCGCUGUUUUUCCUAUUUUUCAAGUGCUCGCCGAGUGAGCACAGUUGGGUUGGCGAGAAGGAAUUGGAGAGGAUUCGAGAAGGGAAAUCGGGAAAGAAAGUAUCCCGGCCAAAAAAUCUUCCAUUCCGUCAUAUUCUGACAAGUUUAAGCCUGUGGGCUUGUUGGAUCGCAUCGUUUGGAGAUUUGAUAACAGUUCAAUUGGUAUCCCAAUUCAAUCCGCAAUAUAUGAAAAAUUAUUUGAACUAUGACGUACUUUCGUCCGGUUUUUUGGCCGCCUUACCCAUUAUUUUUCAAUUUUUUACGAAAUUAUCGUCGGGAAUUAUUAGUGAUUAUAUUAAAUUCAUCUCAGAAACUCUGAAAACUAAAAUUUUCAACACAAUCGCUCUGGCCGUGGCCGCCGUUUUUUUCAUCGUUCUAGCAUUUAUUCCACAGGAAAAACACUUGCUGGCUAUUAUUAUAAUGAUUUGCGCCGAAAGUGUGAUGGGGUGCAAUACGGCGGGAUUCAACAAGUGUGCCACGUUGCACUCCCAGCAGUACGCCUAUUUCGCAAUGCAGCAGAUCAUGAACAUCUGGGCUUGCACGAUAUUCAUCGAACCGUUUUUCGUCAAUAUGAUUGUUACUGAUGAUACAUUCACAGACUGGCGUAAUUGUUUCCUGGCGCAUGCGGGCUUACUUCUCUUCGUAAAUACUAUAUUCUGCCUGUUUGCCGACGCCUCGCCAGCAAAAUGGACCAGAUUACAAGAUGAUGACGUGGCAAUUGAGGAGGAAAAAGAAGAAUAUUCUGGAAGUAUUGAAGAUAUUAUUAAGUUGUAAAAGUUGUACACUACUGUAUAAAUUGUAAAAGUGUUCCGAAGAUUUUCGGCGCCCCAAUAAAAUUGAAUGGCUUCUAGCUGAAGCUUA